CGUAAGUGUGUAAUUCCACCUUUCUUGGUGUUGGUAAGUUGGUAUCAGUUCUAGUUUCCAGGUCAUGUAAGACAGUACCACAGACAGUACCGUGAAAGUUUUUCGAAGAGAUUCUUCGGCGGGUUGUGUUUUACGUUUUACAGUUGAUUUUGUGCAGUAUCGUUUCGCUUGACUACUCGGUCGGAAUAAAUAAUAGACGUUAAGUAAUAUUCUGUUUUGGUUUUUGGAGAAAUUUCAUGAGGAAUAAUGAAAGUGACGGUACUGCAGAUAGUUGUAUCAGCUCUACUGAUUGCAAGUACGAAAUGUCUUCAACAAGAUUCAAUACCAAAUAAAAUUUCUCCUGAAGACGUUAAUUUUUUGGUAGAACCGAUACCAGAAGCAAAACAUGAUUCACCACCACCAUUUUCUUUUGUUAACACCGUCAAAGAAGUUGAGAAUAUGAUAAUAUCAAAUCCGAAACUUCCAAGACUAACAAGAGGCGAAAUAAUCGAUUUGCUGGAAAAUAUUACAAAAGCCGAUAACACUUUUACAAUUCUGCAACAGGCUUCCCUGAUUCCAGAAAAUCAUAGAGCACCUAAAGCUGUUAUGAAAGUGUUGCCAAUAACGCCAGAUGCAGCAAAUACAAAUAACGUGGAAGAACUGUAUACCAAACGACCUGUGACGCAAAUUGUCGAUUAUAAUCAUAUUGGACAAGGAAGCGAUGAUAGUGUUUUUAUGGACUUCGAUGUGCCCAAGGUGCAGUUUGAUCCUGUUCCAGCAAAUGAAGAGUACAAGCCAAUAACUGUGGAAGAAAAUUUCAAUGGCAAUCCAUUUAACGUACCUAACCCUACGUAUAAAAGAAAAACAACCACAUCUACUACUACAACUUCUACUACUGCUGCUACCACUUCAGAUCCUACCAGACACUACUUUGUAGAACGAAAACCUCAAGGUCUUAGAAGGAAAACGACGACAACUACUGCAACAACUGUCAGCCCUUCAGUCAGCACCCACAGACAAAGAAGUAGGAAACCUAUGAGACACAGAACUACUACCGCAACCACACAACGUCAUCCAAAUCAUAGGUACGAAGAUGAACAUGCAAAUGAAGUUCCCACUAGUUCUAGUUCAACCAUGUUUCCAAGUAAUGGAAUAAACAUAGUUCAACCUCCUUCACUUCCACCAAAAAUCAUCAACGAAGAUCUUUUGGGAGCUCACGAUGAGAAGAAAGAAGUGUAUAUUGAAAAAGAUGUGCCAGUAUCGUUUAUACCAGUAAAGGAUAUCGACUUGAGCGUUGGAGAUGAUAAAGAACAGGAUGAUAAUGUUCCUUUAAUCGUGGACUUUCCAGAAGAUCUGAAAGGCGUGUUAACUGAUCUUAAUAUGGAGUCGGCACUAAAACAGAAGACGAAGAAACACAACAAAUCAAAAACGAAACCUACUCAGAAGCCUACUCAGAAGCCGACUGGUGAGAUAGGAGACGAGCAGUUAAAUAAUUUACUGGCAACCCUAAAAUUGCUAGCCGCACAGCAAACAUCUACAACAACAACGACAACUGUAAUUCCAGAUGUUAGUGAUGUAGUCGACAAUCUUUCACCAGACAUGAAAGAUCUGUUGAUGAACUUUGGCCUCAUUCCCAAUCCCAACCCACCCAAACCUGAACCGGAAAGCUUGAGUCAGGCAUACGAAUCUUAUAACCCAGAAAAAGCAGAAGUCAAACCAGAUUCCUAUACAGGCUUCAAACCUCUACCUGAAGAUAAUAACAGUAGGAAUGAAAUGCACGAACUACUUGCUAGGUUUGGUCUGGGUAGAAACGCGAGAAAACAGAAGUCGUUAAAUAAAAAUAAAGAGAAAGAUAUAGAAAUGGUUCCUGAAGAGUACCAAAAGAUUUUGGAGGACAUUGGAUUUGGUGAAAAAGAUGAAUACGUUCAAGCUGAGAGUCAGCAACAAUCGACAAAAUCUAAACACGUCUUCAACCCAUCCGAAAAUUUAUCUGCCACCAAAGACGAAAUAGAAAAAUUAAACAAACUUUCGAACGUAAUAAAGCAACUGGAACAUUUAAACCGAACAAUAACCGAUGAAGAUUUACAAAAAAUUGAUACAGAUACGUUAAAGGUUCUAGUACAAAGUCUUAACAAUAGUCUCGCUGAUUUUGAAGGACACCCUCUAUCUCUAGAUGAACAAGAUGCUCCUGAUCCGUUAAAGUUGGAAGAAGAAUUAAUGAAGAAUGAAGUAAAAAGAGAAGAAACAACAACCUCUACUACAGAAGCACCUUCUUCAACUGAGGAUACCACGGCAUCAGACGUAACGGAUGGAACAGAAACUCCUAACAUGAAAGAUCUAGAAGACUCUUUUGGAGGCCCCGGGGAUAAAUCCACUGAAGCCUCAGAAGUUGAGACGCAAACAGAACUACCACCACCUCCACCAAAGAAACCCAACGGAUUCUAUUUCUUGUUUGAUUGGAAUUCGUUCUUCGAUAUGGAUGACCAGAAAGGAAGACGAGUUAAUCUAAGGUUCCAACCAAAAGUUGGAGAUCCUAGGCUGUGGUAUUCUGUGCCAUAAAAUCUUAAGCUAAUGUGAUAGAUAGUUUGUAAAGUGGUUGCUCAAUGGAAAAGACUAGAAAUGUGGACAAUAGGGAUUAUUUAUGAUAUUGUACAAAUAUAAUUUAGUAAAAUUCUUGUAUUAUUUACUAUAAUAAAUAUAUAAAAUUUG